GGCUGUCAACGCGCACGCCUACGUGCGCCAAAUGCCGUAACCACGACAUUGUUGUUCCGUUGAAAGGUCACAAGCGUUUUUGCAAGUUCCGAGAUUGUCCCUGCGACCAAUGUAUUCUUAUUUGCGAUCGUCAGAAAGUGAUGGCGCGCCAGGUGGCGCUACGAAGGCAGCAGCAGCAAGAUGUCGAUCUGGGCCUGAAGGUGUUGAAGGGAAACUACUCUAGCGAUGAAGAUUCGCUGCUGGUGUGCCCCGGCAUGAGGCUCGGCCGCGACCGCCUGGGAAGCAGCGACAGCGGAGGCAGUUUAACCGUCGACGAUGCGAGGGCGGCCAGCGAACCAUCGCCGCCCGACCGGGACCGCGCUCCGCCACUGCCGCUGGUUCUACCGCAGCCGCCAAGCCGCGACGCGCCGCCGCCGUCGUCGGUGGCGCCCCCUCACGACGACGGCGAGCCGGGCAGCCCUCCGAACAGCGUCUUCUACCGCUGCUUCUACUGCAGCGCGCCGCACUACUGCACCGCCCCCCAGAUGGCGCUGCCGCAGUACGCGACUCCGCCGUUCUACGACGCGUCUGCGUACAUGCAGGCAGGCUACCAGCGCGGCGGCUUCGGCGGACAGUCCUAGGUGGCGCCGCCCACCGUCUUUUUUCGGCAUCUGCGCGCGCAGUCUGGGUUUGCGCGGAUGGCGCGGGAAAGGUUCGGUGUUGGUUUGCGCGAGAGAGAGAGAGAGAGAGAGAGGGAGGGAGGGAGAGAGCGAGCGAGAGAGAGAGAGAGA